GGACGUCGGCGGCCUACUGCGUCGAUGGGUUGUUCAAAUUCAUUUGUGGCUUGUUUUUCUUGUCUUUUUCUGUUUUGCAGGGUUCGUGAUCGUCGACAGGUGGACAGCGACAGCGACUUCGAAGAGGAAACAACUGUCCUGGAUGAGGUCCAGUUGGAUGUGCCAUUGGAUGAUGUGCCAGAUGUUCCACAGCUGCUAGUCCUCCUUGAUGUCCAGAAUGCUGCUAUCAUCCUUGAGGAUGUGCCAGAUGUGCAGACUAUCCUUGAGGAGGCCACUGUUAUUUGGCAGUUGAUUCUGAUUAGGUUCAGCCCCCAGUACUGUGGGCCUGUUGUGAUCAGGAACAAUGCCGGUCCGGUGGUUAAAGCUUGGAGAACUUUCCAGUUCAUCAGCCCCAUCAUCACCUACAUGCGUGGGGGAUCCCAGCAGGUGGUGGUGAGGAUGCACCACGUGAGUAGGGUGAGAGGCCUGGAGACUCAACUGGUGUGGGCCAUCUCCAAGGAGACAGCCAGGCUUAGUCCAGAGGGCAUCCCCUACUGUGCCACCAAAGUGCAGUCCAUCACUUGGAUCCAGCGUGUGGCUGGCAGGGUGACCCACUAUGCGUCUCACCUCCGCCACGAGACGUCUGUGGACGUGACGCUUGGCUGCUACCAGCAGACUGAUGCCUCAGUGGUGUACGCCACUCUCCACAUGGGGCUGGACGGGCUUCUAUCCUCUUCAGCGUGGUCGGAGGCUGCCUCCUUCUCUACUCCCACCACUCAGCAGUUCACUGACCCAGAGCCUGAGGGCCACAACUGCUAUGAGGGCUGGGAGGAGGACCUGCUGCCUGAGGAGAGGGAGGUUCCUCUGCUAAACCUCUACCUUACCACCAAGAGAGUGGAGGACAUCGCCCUGAGGCUCGUCUCCUUGCGCCAGGCCUUCACUACCCUGCUUGGUUCCACCCUGAGCAGGAACCAUCUGUUUGUGGCGGGAAAGGUCCUCCUGGGCGGCCUUGUUCAGGCCAACCACAUGGACGAGGCCAAAUUCAUCAGUACCUAUAAUGACUUUGGACUACCUGAGUGACCCCUCCAAGCGGAAUGACAUUGAGAGGGAGCUGGCUGAGGCAAAGAUCCAUCAUGUGAACAUGAUAGAUGUCCUCUUUGAGCUGGUGCUGUUUGGGAUGAUGACAGCUCAGAAGUCCCUGAUGGUG